AUGAGUGUGGCGUUUAAAUUCUGGAACAGCGCUUCAUACAUCCAUCCGCUGUUGUUAGCGGCGAGCCUCUACGGGCAUCUGGAUUUUGGUCUUUUCCACCGCAGCCUUCCCUGGCUUUGUGAACGCGGACGCCGCCGGAGACUGUCUGCGCCCCGGUGCCUCAGCCACCUCGAGUAUGUUCUCACGAUGAAGAAGAGUGUGGUGGACCAGGACGCAGUAUUCUCCCCUCAGCAGCAGCGCAGAGCUGCCAUCCAAGGCUUCACUCAAGCCUCGACUGAAACCUCCGCAGACAUGCAGCCGACCAGCGGCAUCCAGUACUCGCUCCCACAGGGCUACCAGGUUCCUACAAUGGCCCAGAGCAGUAGCGGACACAGCGUGAAGAGCGUGGCCCCUCUGGUCGGGCCCCACACCCACAGCCUGACAGUGCAGAGCCAGGGCCCCGCGGUGGUGCAAGGCCACGUCCAUCCACCACCGGCGCUCACCUCUGCACAGGGCCAGCAGCAGUUCCAGCGCCUCAAGGUUGAAGACGCUCUCUCGUAUCUGGACCAAGUGAAGUUACAGUUUGGAAAUCAGCCUCAAGUUUACAAUGAUUUCCUGGAUAUAAUGAAAGAGUUCAAGUCUCAGAGCAUCGACACUCCUGGCGUGAUAAACCGUGUGUCGCAGCUCUUCAAGGGCCACCCCGACCUCAUCAUGGGCUUCAACACCUUCUUACCUCCGGGAUACAAAAUUGAGGUGCAGACCAACGACAUGGUGAACGUGACCACGCCUGGCCAGAUCCACUACAUCACCCCCCAUGGUGUGUCCGUCCACAACAUCCCAGUGACCGGAGCUCCCAGCCAGCCCCCGAGUCAGCCGCCGCCCAGCCAGGCCCUGAGCCAGAGCCUGAACCAGGGUCUGAACCAGAGUUUGAACCAGCCCACUAGCCAGCCCCUAGCCCAGCCUCAGCCGGGCACACCCACCCCCCACGUUACGCCAAGCACCCCAGCAGUACACACACAGCCGCCGCCCAACAAGAUCAACAAGCCUCUGCAGUCUCCGGCUCACACUCCCAGCACGCAGCCCAAUCCGUCCAUCCCGUUGUACGCCUCGCCGCGCUCUCCUCCUGCCCAGUGCCACACUCCGGUGAGCAGCACGCCGUCCAGCGCCCCGCCGCAGAACAACCAGCCUGUAGAGUUCAACCACGCCAUCAACUACGUCAACAAGAUCAAGAACCGCUUCCAGGGACAGCCCGACAUCUACAAGGCCUUCCUCGAGAUCCUGCACACCUACCAGAAGGAGCAGCGAAACGCCAAAGAGGCCGGAGGGAACUACACCCCUGUGCUGACGGAGCAGGAGGUCUACACUCAGGUGGCCCGUCUUUUCAAAAACCAAGAGGAUCUGCUCUCGGAGUUUGGCCAAUUUCUCCCUGAUGCCAAUAACUCUAUGCUGCUGGGGAAGCCGCCUUUAGACCGCGUGGAUUCUGUUCGUAACGACCACGGCACCACGGUGAAGAGACCUCUGCUCAACAACAAACAGAGACUGAGCCAGAAUGGUCUUCCCCUGAGGAGGCCUGCGGGUCUGCCUCUCACUCCGCCCAUGAAGAAGAAGCCAAAGAUUUUGGGAAAAGACCACGGAAUGGGCGAUGUGGGAAAGCACAACACCAGCACCGAAACCAUGUUCUUUGAGAAGGUCCAGAAGGCGCUCCGGAGCCCUGAGGCAUACGAUAACUUCCUGAGGUGUCUGCACAUCUUCAACCAGGAGGUGAUCUCGCGAGCAGAACUGGUGCAGCUGGUCAUCCCGUUCCUGGGGAAGUUCCCUGAGCUGUUCUCCUGGUUCAAGAACUUCCUGGGGUACCGAGAAUCCAUGCAUAGCGAGGCCAGCCACGCCGAGAGUCUGCCCAAGGAGCGCGGCACCGAGGGCAUCGCCAUGGAGAUCGACUACGCCUCCUGCAAGAGACUGGGCUCCAGCUACAGAGCUCUGCCCAAGUCCUACCAGCAGCCAAAGUGCACGGGCCGAACGCCGCUGUGCAGAGAGGUUCUGAACGAUACCUGGGUGUCCUUCCCUUCCUGGUCUGAGGACUCCACGUUCGUGUCUUCGAAGAAGACUCAGUACGAAGAGCACAUUUACAGAUGUGAAGACGAGCGCUUUGAGCUGGACGUGGUGCUGGAGACAAACCUGUCCACCAUCCGCGUCCUGGAGUCAGUGCAGCGCAGACUUUCCCGGAUGCCGGCGGAGGAGCAGGUGCGCUUCAGGCUCGACAACACGCUGGGCGGCUCUUCGGACACAAUCCAUAGGAAAGCCAUCCAGCGGAUAUACGGAGACAAGGCCCUGGACAUCAUCGACGGUCUCAAGAAGAACCCGGCAGCCUGCGUGCCCAUCGUGCUCAAGAGGUUGAAAAUGAAAGAGGAGGAAUGGAGAGAAGCACAGAGAGGGUUCAACAAAGUGUGGAGGGAGCAGAACGAGAAGUAUUACCUCAAGUCUCUGGACCAUCAGGGAAUCAACUUCAAACAGAACGACACCAAAGUGCUACGCUCCAAGUCCCUGCUCAGUGAGAUCGAGAUGCUCUACGACGAGCGGCAGGAGCGUGCCUCAGACGACGUCUCCACAGCGCCCCCCAGUGGCUCCCACAUGAACCUGAGCUACGAGGACAGUCAGAUCCUGGAGGACGCGGCCGGGCUCAUCAUCCACCACGUCAAGCGGCAGGUGGGCAUCCACAAGGACGACAAGUUCAAGAUCAAGCAGAUCAUGCAGCACUUCAUCCCAGACCUGCUCUUCUCACCGCGAGGAGAGCUGUCGGACGCCGAGGACGAGGAGGAGGAGGAGCCGGAUACGCCAGAGGACGCAUCAAAGAAAGCCAACGGUCUCCCAGGCAGCGGCGCACCCAAGUCCAAGCUGCUGUUUAAUAACUCCGCCGCACACAAACUCAAGUCCUCGGAGGACGCGUACAACCUGUUCUACGUCAACAACUACUGGUACACGUUCCUGCGGCUGCACCACCUUCUCUGCAGCCGCCUCCUGCGCAUCUACAGCCAGGCCGAGAGGCAGAUCCAGGAGGAGGGCCACUGGGACAAGGAGGCCGGCUCCAGGAAGGACAAGAGCGACAACCCGGCCAUCCAGCUCAAGAUGAAGGAGCCCAUGGACGUGGACGUGGAGGACUACUACUCUGUGUUCCUGGAGAUGGUGAGGAACCUUCUGGACGGCAACAUGGAACCGGUGCAGUACGAGGACACUCUAAGGGAGAUGUUCACCAUCCACGCCUAUGUGGCCUUCACUAUGGACAAGCUGAUCCAGAGCAUCGUCCGCCAGCUGCAGCACCUGGUCAGUGAGGACGUGUCCAUACGAGUCACUGACCUGUACCUGAGUGAGAGCUCCUCAAAGGCCACAGGGGGCGCUAUGUGUUCCCAGGCCUCUCGCAGCGCAGCAGAGGCAGGCUACCAGCGCAAAGCAGAGCACCUCGCGGCCGACGAGAACUGCUUCAAGCUGAUGUUUGUGAAGGGGUCUGGAGCAGUGAGUCUGGGCAUCGAGCUGCUGGACACAGAGGAGGAGAACUCUGACGAGCCAGUGGAAGCAGAGAGGUGGUCGGACUACGUGGACCGGUACCUGAACACGGACUCGGCCUCUCCGGAGCUCCGAGAACACUUGGCCCACAAGCCGGUCUUCCUCCCCAGGAACUUGCGUCAGAUCCGUAAGUGUCAGAGGGAGCAGCUGCAGAGGGACCGCUCCCCGCGAGAGGACGGCGCUCUGAAGCGACAGUGUAUGUUCAAACUCAACUCCUACAAGAUGGUGUACGUGUGCAAGUCCGAGGACUACAUGUACAGGCACACGGCGCUCACGCGGGCGCAUCAGUCUCACCAGCGCGUCCACACUCGCCUCCACCGCCGCUUCCACUCGUGGCUGGACGGUUGGGCGCGGGAGCACGUGAGCACGGACAUGGCCUCGCACACGCAGCGCUGGCUCAUGGGAGAAGGCCAGGACUCGGACCUGAUCCCCUGCUCCACCGCCCUGUGCCCUCAGGUCCUGCACUACAUCAACGUCAACAAGUACCGCGUCACCUACAGAACGCUAUAG